UGUGCACACAUCAAGAAAAACAUAUGCUGGCUGCUCAUUGAUAUAUGUCAGUUCCAUGGUAAUACAGAUUUUAUUUGUCAAGUGUGUUUCCCGGACUCGUUGGUGAUGCUGGAUUAAAUGUGACUUCUACCUCUGUCCGCCCGGAUGUUUAGCUUUAGCACUUUGAUGUCAGUUGGAAUAUGCCAGGACUUCAUGAUGAGCUCCAACAGCACAGACCCUGGCCUCUACCUGACCAUCAGCUCCCCAGGAAUGGGCAUCAUCUACCCAGACACCAACACUCUCCACAGGGACCCCUGGCCAGAGCUAACCAGCCCGGAUUACAAGGACUCCUUCCUCAGUGGCCUCUUCAACCUCACAGGCUCGCUCAAUGAGACGGUGACCUCUCUGACCUACGACCCUCUGGGGGGUCACACAGUGUGGCAGGUGGUCCUUAUUGUCUUCCUCACUGGCCUCCUGUCCCUGGUCACCAUCAUUGGCAACAUCCUGGUGGUGGUAUCCUUCAAGGUCAACCGCCAGCUCAAGACUGUCAACAACUACUUCCUGCUCAGCUUGGCCGUGGCUGACCUCAUCAUCGGGGUCAUCUCCAUGAACCUUUACACCACCUACAUCAUCAUGGGCCAGUGGGCCCUGGGCAACUGGGCCUGUGACCUGUGGCUGGCUAUUGACUAUGUGGCCAGUAAUGCAUCCGUCAUGAACCUGCUGGUCAUCAGCUUUGACCGUUACUUCUCCAUCACCCGGCCCCUCACCUACCGUGCCAAGCGGACCACACGGCGGGCUGUCCUGAUGAUUGGCCUGGCCUGGUUCGUGUCCCUGGUCCUUUGGGCCCCAGCCAUCCUGUUCUGGCAGUACUUUGUGGGGGAGCGCACAGUGCCCCCUGAUAAGUGCUACAUCCAGUUCCUCUCAGAGCCCAUCAUUACAUUCUGCACGGCCAUGGCUGCCUUCUACCUGCCUGUCACUAUUAUGAGUGUGCUCUACUGGCGUAUCUAUAGGGAGACACAGAACCGCGCGCAGGAGCUGGCUGGCCUGCAGGGCUCAGGGAGCCGAGGCAGGGGAGGGGAGAGGGCUCACUUCGUCCACCACCAGGCUGGUAGUGCCAGGAGCUGCAGCAGCUACGAGCUGACCCAGUCCUCCCAGAGAAAGAGCCCCGGCCGGGCGCUGGCCGCACGCUUCCACUGCUGGCCCAUGAUGCGCUCCUGGAGGCCUGGCAGCACCCGGCCCGGGGAAGGGGACGCUGACCACAGCAGCAGCGACAGCUGGAACAACAACAAUGCCAGGCUGUCAGUGGACCACUCAGGCUCGUCUGAGGACGAGGAGGGAAACAGUAGAGGGAUGAUGCCUCAGGACCACGCUAUCUUCUCCAUAGUCCUCAACCUGCCGGGGAUGAAGGCAGCCGUCAACUCUCACCUCACCUCCUGCGAGGACCUGGACCUAGCCUCAGAAGAGGACCCCCUGAAGGGGGAGGAGGACAGCCGGGACGGCCUCUCUACCACCACCACUACUACCACCCCUGAUGGGGCCAACACAGACAACAGCAGCUACCACCAACGCUUCCCCUCCCGGAUAUCCAAAGUCCAGUCCAUGCCUGCCCUCCAGGCCACCAGAGUGGGGCCGCUCUCUGGCUCCUCUGCCACCAGCACCUCGGCGCCCAUCUCCUUCAAAGACGCAGCUCUAGCCAAGAGAUUCGCCUCCAGGGCACGGACGCAGAUCACCAAGCGCAAGCGCAUGUCUCUGGUGAAGGAGAAGAAGGCGGCACAGACCCUCAGCGCCAUCCUGUUUGCCUUCAUCAUCACAUGGACACCCUACAACAUCAUGGUGCUAGUCAACACCUUCUGUAAUGGCUGCAUCCCCGAGGCUCUGUGGGCGCUGGGCUACUGGCUGUGCUACGUCAACAGCACCGUCAACCCCAUGUGCUACGCUCUGUGCAACAAGACCUUCCGCACCACCUUCAAGAUGAUACUGCUCUGUCGCUGGGACCAGCGCAAGCGGCGGAGGAAGCAGCAGUUCCAGGAACGGCAGUCCGUAGUGUUCCACAGGAGAAUUCCUAAAGACUCAACGUAGCGGGAUAUAGACCCAGUGGGAAUCUGGUGAUGAUGAUGAUGAUGUUAAUGAUGAUGAGUCUGGGAUCUGACAGGACAGUGGAUGGAUGAGGCAUCCUAAAGGUUCUGUCUGUGGUUUUUAACUGCACAGAGAUUCCCAGGGAGGCGGCCAGGCAUGGUGUCUGAUGUUCUCUGUGGAGCCACGACCUCCACAGUGACAUAUUCCUCUGUUUCUUCAAGAGAGCUCCCGUGGUGAAAGCUUCCUCUAGAUUGUUCCAGUUCUCAGUAUUUCAGAGAAGUGCAGCUGAAAGGACUGACAGUGAAAACAAAUAGAACAAGGGCUUAAAAUGCAAUGAGGGGACAAUUCAAAGUGCAAUUGAUACCUAGGGAGAUAAUAUGAUAUAAUAUGUGUUAUGGAUUUGGGGUUUUCCAUUUCUUACCAUUUCCUUCUCAGUGGUAGAGCUGUAUCGUACAGAGCAGUUGGGGUUUUCUAAGUAAACUGUACAUCUGUUAUAUCGCAUUGAAAGCCAAGGCCAAAACAUUGUGCGUCAAUAGACUGCAUCAUAUUGAUUUUGAGCUCCCUUUUGGCUAACUGAGCUAGAUUUUUUUGUUAUUUUUUACUCUGACUUCUGUACAUUGCCUUCAACUUGGUUAUAGCUUUCUUGUGUCUUAUAAAAGAGAAUUUAAAACAAAACGGUG